AUGCGGCCAGUCGAUAUUCGCAUUGAGUUUACUAUGCCGGCAGAGGAAAGCAGGACGGAUUUUCGUCACACGAUGUAUUUCCUGCAAGAUGAUACGUUGGGUGGCAUUGUGGCAGACAUGCUCUGGAAGAACAGCCUGCGCCGUCGUGCUGGCGAGGACGCAUCUGCUGCCGUGGCAUUGUCAGAGCCCACAGCCCUCGCGCUCUUGGCAUUCACGGCGUGCGGCGGCAAAAGUGACCAGCCGAACGAUCUUCAAAGUCAUCCUGCCACGUACCGCCUAUACAAGGUGCGUGCUCCUGACCUGGAUCUCGUGGCCAAAUUUCGCCACGUUCGCUUCGCAGAGUCGCCUCUCAGUGACUUUUGGGCCUUCUCUUCGUCCGAUUUCAUUGCGGGCGCGGCUGCUGUAAAGGCAUCGGUUGCUUUGGCAGAUUCACCAUUCGUUUCCUACGAGCACCACUUGCGGCAAUCUUUGCGCGACCUUUUGGCAGCCCGAAUCGAGGAGGCUAAGGAAGCGCUCUCCGCCUUUGCGUGUAGCCCUGCUGCACGAAGGAGAAUUUGCAGCAUUUGCAGUCUGAGAUGGACAAGCUUGGGGCGGAUGGAGGCCCUAGCAAGCGACAGCGAUUCGAGUGAUUUGGCAAUUGGCAGCCUUUUGCGGCAAGCAUUAGCUUUUUCCCCUGCCGAUGUGGUACCGGCCAAAGUGAAUUUUGAAGAAUGGGAAAGAAGUGUGAAGUCUAAAAGAAGGCAAGGGAUGACAAAAGUGAAAAGAGUGAGAAGAAGGACAAGGAGUUACCACGGCGUUUGCCACUUGACGCCUUCAGUACCCAGAUCGGAUGGCGCCCGACAGGGCGCAACCCAGGCCAAAUCAAGAGUUUCUUGGAGAGAUUCCCCAACGAAUUUCGCACUGCUGCAAUGGGAAAAGUUGUCCUACCAGAAAAGGAUGGCCUACCCUACACAUGACCAGACGGGACCCUGCCUUGCUCCUUCUUGCCAGAUGCUCAGAGCAUCAGUUUUCAUCCAAAACGGCUCGGCCAAAACCAUUCACAUCCUGUAA